CCGGCUCAGGAAGCCCGCGAGUUACAAAACUAUCUCAACGACUCGGUGGGCUAAAAACCACCGAUUAUAAAUGCUAAACUUGCCCUGCUCGUGUAUUUGACGUUGUGAAAUCACUUACGGCGAUUUCCACUCGGUAUUAAGAGCGCUUAGACGGAAACGAACACCGUACGUAGCUGUUUAUAGCGGAAUUAGCACAUAGCAUGCUAGCUUGGCUAAGCUAAAAACACAAGGGAGUUGUUUCCUUGUCAACUGUCGUCAACUAACCCCGGAGACCAUUCUGUUCUUCCAAGGAGUUGCUGGGAUUCAAGUUUGGUCGCCGACUGCCAUUGCAGCGAGAUAACCGACAACAAUGUCGCUGAGCAGCGAAAGUCGAUUCGAAUCAAGACAACUCUUCAUGGAUAAAGGAGCGACCAUUUGUGUGGUUCCCGAUCUCUCCUCCGAUUUCUUGGAGGACGAGUUCGACUUGAACAUGUCCUACCCUUGUACCCAGAGACCACUGCAGAAAAGGAACAUGUUAGCAUUGCAGCGACGCUACUAUUCUGGUUCCUCCACAGGUCAACAUUCACCAUCAAGAAACUACCAAAUGUCCAACUUGCAUCAUGACAUUUCUGUCAAUGCCCUCCCGCGACCGUCCACAAUGUCAGAAAUGGAAGACAACCUUUAUGGUCAUCUUAUAUUAGCAGAUUGUGUACUGUCUCUAUCUCCAUUGGCCUUCAACCCAAACAAAGUGCUUAUAAUAGUGGAUCACAAAACCAGAGAGAUUCUAUCGGUCAACGAUGAUGCCUGCAAACUGUUUGAGUGCACCGCUAAUGCAUUGAAAGGAAAAAAGCUGUUUUGUGUCUUGAGGAAAACCACGCAGGUUUUAGAAGAAGCGUUGAAUGAAGAGUUUUUGCUAACGGAUGGGACUGUGGCAUCUGUGUCUGGAAAAGUGGUUGAUGUUGUGACAAUGUCCGAAGAGAUCCCAAUGUCGGUGUGCACCCACAGAAUGUCACAAAAUGGAGAACAUCUUGUUUUAAUGUUGGAAAAUGUGGAACGCAUUUCCGCAUAUUUGUCAUUUACUCAAGAUGGUAAUAUUCUUUCAUGUGACUCAGCGUUUGCGCAUCUCCAUGGAUACCACCAUCCUGAUGAAUUAAAAGGACUUUCUGUCAUGGAGCUAAUCCCUUCCUUACAAAUCCCCCUUCACUCCCAAGCAUUGCCCAAAAUGCUGAGGAUUCAGCGAGUUUGUGGUAAAAGCAGAGACGGCGUGUCGGUGCCGUUGUGCAUUAAGCUUCAGGGGGCUGUGCAGUGUGCAAGGCCCCAGACACAACACAGUGGGGUGGAAUGUGCAUACACAACAGAGAGUCUUGAUAAAGACGAUGCACCCAAAACGGAAGUUUCACACACUGAACACAGCAUCAAGGAAGACAGCCGGGUCCUCUCCCCCGACCUCACACUGGAGUACACUGGCACAAUCUUUGCGUUCGCCCCUCUCAGCGGCCUGCUCCUGCUGCGACCUGAUGGUUCAAUCUGCAGCAUCCACAAUCAACAGGCUCUCAGUCUGUUUGGCUACAGCAAGGUCGAGCUCCUGGGAAAGUGUGUCACUUUCCUCAUGCCCGGUUUCUACGGAUGGAUGUCCGAUUCGGCCAGGAAGAUCAGUCCCUUCCCCGAGCCUCAAGCCGAGGCUGGCAAAAGUACAUCUGAAUCCCAACAGUCAGGGAAAUCAGUCAUCGACCCUUCCUCACUGGUGGCCGGACACAUGGCCAUGGUGCAAGAUGCCUGCCGGCGCAGAUCAUCCACAGGGCGGGGCAGGAUUUUCACUGGGAACAGCACCAGGCUGGACAAACAAGGAAGUGCUCUAUCCACGUUGUCCCCUCCUGCUGUCACGUCCACACGUGUGUUUGUUGCUGAUGACACCUCAGAACUUCUGGAGGAAGCAGCCCAGAUCGCUGGCGCCAGUAGCCACUUAGAGACAGGAGAUACCACUGAGGCACUUCUUAAGACAUUUGCCUGGGUGGACCAUCCAGAAGAAGACGCAGCCUGCAAGGUUUCUAUUGAGAAGACACGUGAACAGGAGCUUGGCUGUGAGGUUAAGACACAAAGGCAUCCUAUCAUUGAGAUCACUGCAGACAGGCCCACUCAAAAUGGGCACGCUGUUCAUAGCAAAGGUGUCAAGUCAUCUGGUGUGACAAAAGACAGAUGGUCACUUUUGUCUAUCCUCCAAGACUCCAGCUUUGAAGUAAUUUCAAUGGAGAGCAGGUCUUCCUCUGGCUUUUGUGAAAAAAUUGCUGGCCACAUUGGUUCUGAUCCAUGCCAGGCAGAGAUCAGCUGUUUCCUGGACCUCAACAGCAAUGGCGAUCUGGUGACCCGAGCCCUGGCUGACCUAGAUCUGAGCGGCAGCGGGGAACUUCUCAACGGGGCUGAAGGCAUUAAUGAAAACCAGCACUCCAUGACCUCUUGCGACACGGCCGAGCUACUGCGGACACCCUCCCCAUGUGUGCUCAGCUCUGACCCGACAUCUGGGCCUGUCAGCGCCAAUAAAGAGGUCAAUCACGCCUCGGCUGAAAAGCAUGUUGAAUUGGAUCAGUGGGGGGUUGUCUCUUACAUCCCUAAGGAAAAUGGCCAUGAAUUCUGCAUUAGUGGGCCAAAUAGUGAGGUUCCGUCAGUAACGGACCAUCCUGCUACAUCAACACCAAAGAAACAGAAGGUGGAGGUAGGUGGUGUCACCUCUGAUGCGCCACUGAUACACGAGGGCCACUUUGAAGGAAGCGGCUACCACAGAGAUGGCACAAGAGUUGAGGUGCAGUGUGACGUGGUCAGAACCAAACUUCCCGAUGGAAGCCCGAUGAUCUGCGUGUGGAUGAGCAGGCGUGGACAGCAGGGGUCCUUGUUGCAAACUGAUAAAUCCUUCUUCAACAAGUCCGGAGUCAGUCUUGGAGAGAAGAUUGCAGAGGCCAGUCAUGUAGAGGCGUUGCGCUGCACCUUGGAUCUUGAACACUCUCGUGCCUGCGAUGGACAGUUUGUGGAGGAGUACCAGCCUAUUAAAGCUGUCGGUAAAGGAGCCUUUGGCUUUGUCUGGAAGGCUGUUAGACGCUUCGAUGGACAAGAAGCUGUAGUCAAGUUUAUUAGCAAGGCCAGGAUCGUUACCGACUGCUGGGUGGAUGACCCGAUGUUGGGCAGAGUCAGCCAAGAGAUCGCCAUCCUGACUCGUGUGCAGCAUCACAACAUCGUCAAGGUGCUGGAGGUGUUUGAGAAUGGGAGUUACUUUCAGAUGGUGAUGGAGAAACACGGAGAGGGUUUGGACCUCUUUGAAUUCAUCGACAUGCAGCCACAACUGGAUGAGCCCCUGGCGAGCUACAUCUUUAGACAGCUGGUGGCAGCAGUCUUCUACCUGAGGACAAAGAAUAUCCUGCACAGGGACAUUAAAGACGAGAACAUUAUCAUUGACAAGUGUUUCCACAUCCGCCUCAUAGACUUUGGCUCUGCAGCCAUGAUGGCUUCAGGGAAGCGCUUUUACCAUUUCUGUGGCACACUGGAGUACUGCUCCCCAGAAGUGCUUCAAGGAAACCCCUACGAGGGGCCAGAGUUGGAGAUGUGGUCUCUCGGGGUUUUUCUCUACACGCUGCUGUUCAGUGAAAACCCCUUCUGUGAUGUGGCUGAGAUCCUGGGUGCCAAACUGAAGCCCCCGUUUCCCCUCUCCCCAGAACUGAACGAUGUGUUAUAUGGGCUGCUGCACCCGGAACCCACCCAGAGGAUGACACUAGACCAGUUGCUUCUGCAAUCCUGGAUCAGCCAGCCCAUCUCACUGGCAGACUACACCUGGACAGAGGUGUUCCCCUCAACUCAGAACCAUAGCUUCCUGCAACACCAAGACCUCCAACGAUAUGUUGGACACGCUUUGUUCCCGGAUCAAGGGGAUGACACCCUCCCUGAUGAGGAGGAUGAGGAAGAGAGGUUGUCCAUGGUGGCCUUGGAAUCCGAGCUCCAGAGGUACCUCGAUGACAAUUAAAGAGGUGGAAAACCAGCAGCACACAUGUCAAUCCAGCAGUUUUUUGUUUAUUCUUCAAAUAUUUUUAAAAGAAAUGUAAUAUUAGUAAUACCUCACACAUUCCACCUUUGCACCCAAGUUCACCCAAACACUGACAAAAGCCUUAAAAUGAAAGACAGACCUCAAAUUGAAGGAAUCUUUUUUUUUCUCAACAUUAAAUGGUGUUUUAAGUAUAUAUUUAUUAUAUUUUAUCUAUUUAUUUGUAUGCACUAAUAAAUAUUUCACCCUUCA